AAGUCUGAGUCUUAACGCGGAAUCAUAUCUUAUAAAUAGACUCAAAGAGGUACUGAGAUACAUUCGUUAAAGUAACUCACUUUCCUCCCAUUCAACAGAAGAAGAAGAAGAAGAAUGGAUCUGCUAGACAAGGCGAAGAAUUUUGUGACGGAGAAGAUAGGGCACAUGGAAAAACCUGAGGCAACCAUCACCGACGUGGAUCUAAAGAAGAUCGGUUUCGGUGGCCUUACCUUUCACGCUAAAGUCGCCGUUAAGAAUCCUUACUCUGUUCCUAUUCCUAUCAUGGAGAUUGAUUACGUCCUCAAAAGCGCCUCCAGGGUAAUAGCAUCAGGAAGAAUUCCAGACCCAGGGAAUAUAAAGGCAAAUGAUUCAACCAUGUUAGACGUGCCAGUGCAGGUGCCACACAGUGUGUUAUUGAGCUUGGUUAAGGACCUUGGUGAAGAUUGGGACCUUGACUAUACACUCGAAUUAGGUCUCAUCAUUGACCUUCCAGUCAUUGGUAACUUCACCAUUCCUCUCUCUUAUAGUGGCGAGUAUAAGCUUCCUACCUUGUCCGACUUAUGGAAGGGUACAGGGAAAGAAGAAGAGAAAGAAGAUCCAGCAAAGGUUACAGAGAUAUGAAGUGCCAUAGCUAUCUAAUAAUGUGGCUUCUGUAUGCCGUUUUUAAUUCAACUGUUCUACAUAAAAGAUUGUACCUUGUUUCUUCUGGAGGGUAGUACUAAAUUCCCAACUUUACAUUACCCAUCAUUGAGUUUUGAUCUUUUUCAUAGAGGUAUCAUAUUUUGCCAAUUAAA